AUGGCAGGCAACAGAACGCGGGGGUGCGCCCAAGGCAGCCAAGAUGUUAUCGCCCUCGCCAUCGGUUCGAUCGACAGCGUACAAUAUAUUGCGGGGGCCAUUAUUGAUAGCGGCGACCUGGAUGCGAAGCCAUUCUGCAGGAAUCUUUGCCUCGCCCUGGAUGGCGUCAAAAAGGAGCUGCAAAGGCCCAAUCAAAGCCAAAACGAGGCUCAGCUGAAGAAGGUGAAAAGCCUGCUAAACAAUUUGGAGAGAUUGUGCAACUGGCCACGUCGGAGCCAGCAUAUAGCAAAUCAGUGGCUCACGCUGGAGGCUAUCCGCUCCGGUUUAUCUACAGAAAAGGCAAGAAAUUGCCUUUUUAAUGUUGCCGUGGAACCCAACAAAAAGUACUACAGGGCGGAUGCGAUCAAGAAACUAAAGAACUAUUCGGCAGCGACUUGGAAGCAGGAGGCGGCCGAAGCGGCGCAGAUCAACGAUGCCUCGGCGACCUCCCCAGCACCCCAUAAUAGCCACGAGCUCGACGAUGACAUCCAGUACCUUUACAAAAUUCUGAAGCAGUAUCGGUCGUGCCAAAGUGAUCCAUCUCCUGUCGAUAUCGUGAUCAAUCUCCGGCUUAACGGCUACAGAAACCUCGCGGCAAGCGGUGCCUCGGUCAAAAUUUGGGCAGAGAAUGCUUCGGCGGAAUUCGGCGUUCUGUUACUCGACCACCCGCACGAAAACCAAGGCUUCUGGCAAGAGGCCAGCAUCCGAACAGUGUCCCCUUCAGGCCCAGAGGCUCCAACCAUAAAAGUUAUUGAUGGAGAUGUGGCGCCCGGAGCUAUAGAUACGCUCGCGACGGAGUCGAUAGCUGAGCACGGCUGCAUUCCCUUCGAGGGCUUCUGUGAACGCAUUAGCAAGCGCGGCCAGGGCCGGUUGCGCCUGUCCACGCGGGACUAUAAAUUGGUAUAUCAUAAACGAGUCGAUCUGAGCCGCGAAUGGCUACCUGAUGUAGAGGCUGUACCAUUGGCAAGCCUCUUCUCCAGGUCGGGUCUGUAUCUGCUUGACAAGUCUAAGGCAAUCUUGGCGAUGUUGGCGGCCAAGGCGACGUGGGAAUUUUAUGACAGCGACCUUCUCGCCCAGGGGCUGACGAGCGAAACUGUGCAGUUCAUCUGCGAGAAGCGAUCUGGAAUAUCAGGAGUCUUCAUCAACGAGCCGAUGCUGCUGAUCCAGUACAUGAAAGAGGAUGGCACAAGCAUCGGGGAUGGUAAGUCUGACAGCCGCUUGGCCAUGCCGAGUAGCGAGAUCAUUCAUGAAAUGCCCCGGAUCCUUGCGCUCGGUAUAUUGCUCUUGGAGCUAGAGACCCGGAAACCCAUGAUGACGCACCGGGAAAACCGCAGACUUUGCCCCCCGGGGCCGUUUAAUAUCAACACCGAUUACAAGAUCGCCUGCAAGCUCAUCGCUACUGGCUCCGAUGCGAGUGAGAGUAUUAUAUCCGACAUAGAACCUCUUUCCCCCCUGAGGAAGAUCUUGCCUCUUUGCAUCACGGCAGGGAGUCUCGAGAGGAAGAUCCAGGAGAAUAUCAGUGCUCGGGGCUUGGCCAAACCCGCUUCUCAAGUCAACAAGCAGAAUGUCCUGCGUUCUGUUAUCUACAGCGAGCUGGUUCGCCCCUUGGAAGACUGGGUAAACCGAUAUGACAAUCUCGACAGCAUCAAGCCUAUGUACGAGGUUUCGGAUGCGCCGGCCGGGCCCAGAUCUGAGCGACCGCCGAAGCAACCCCAGACAACCUCUCAGGCGAAAUCCCAAGCCAAUGUGGCGGAGAAUGAUAAGUACGUCCGUUCUAGCCAUCUUACAUGCUCCAUUGAUCUUGCCUGGCUGACGUGGGGCAAGAUUACGCGAACAAUCGCGAGAGUGGUUCCGGAGCCAACAGAAGAAGAGAAGAAGUCGGGUUACAAAGCCGUGAAGAUUGCCGUAUUAGACACCGGCAUUAGGCAGGACCUCUACGAUUACUUCAAAGAAUUUCCAGGGGCUUUAGAGUAUGAGGACUUUAUCGACACGACCCGUCAGAAUAAGGACACCACCAGCGAUGGCACGGGGCACGGGUCCGCUGCUGUGCUGCUCCUGGAAAAGAUGUGCCCAAACGCAGCUUACUACGUAGCUAGAGUGCUCAAGGAAAAUAUCGCAAUGCGGGCCGAUGCCGACUUAAUAGCCAAGGGCAUUGACUGGGCUAUUGAUCAAAAGGUAGAUAUCAUCACCAUGGCCAUCGGCUUCAAGGCGGCGCAAGAUGCCGUGAAGGAGGCGGUCCACCGGGCGCACACGCAGGGCAUCCUCAUCUUCUCGGCGGCCUCCAACAAUGGCAGACUCGAAGAUGCGUACUGCCCCGCCAACAUGAUCGAUCAGGUGUUCGGCAUCUUCUCGACCAACGGAGUCAACUGCGAGUCCCACUCGCUGAACCCGGCGCCGCUGCCAGGGGCAUGGAGCUUCGCCGUCUUCGGCGAGGGCGUCGAGGUGGAGGAGGACCGCCCGCUGUGCAGCGGCACCUCGUACUCAACGUCGGUCGCGGCGGGUCUGGCAGCCGCUCUGCUCGACUUCUCGCGGCAGGAUCGGGCCAAGGAUGACGGGUCCAUCUUCUCCCGGCUUGGUAGCCGGCCGCACAUGCGAAGCGUGUUCCGAGAGAUGGCAGUGCCCGACCGGGGGUACCUCUGCCUACGACCGUGGUUGCUGCUGAAGAGUGGGACGGCGUCCGAGAAGGUGCCGCGUAAUCAGCAGCGGGACUGGAUUCGGGGCAGCGUCGAGCGGUGGCUGGACCCCAAUAGGCCCCAACGGGCCGGGUAA